GAGAGGGAGGUGCUCAUGGCAGGCGGGAGUUUGCAGACUGACAUGGCUGCCGCCUGUCUGUUCCCACGCUGGCAGCCUAUGGUGCCCUGCUAAGUCCUGCUGAUGGUGUGAGUGAGUCCCAGUGCGUGCAAUCUGUCGGUCACAUGGAAAUCUGUGAAGCGUUGUAUGUUGGGUAAACCUCAGCCAAGCUGUCAUCUUUACUCCUAACUUGUAUAACAAGUGUAUUUACUGGCUAGGAAUGAUGGGAGUUGCAAUCCGCUAUUGAAGGAUUGUUGCAGAGUUAUUGACGUUUGUAAUAUAGGGCAAGAGGGGGCACUUGAGUCCCUUCCACAGAAAUGGCCCAUCCUUUAAUUUAAAUGGUACCUGUGAGGGACUGUGCCAAUACAUGUAAUAAUUGUGUCCCAUCUGGGAUAUUAACUGCAGGUACCCCUAUCCCGAGUAAGACUGGGCUAGUGAUGACCGAUGCUGGCACUGAGAGUUAGGACUGUUUCAUGACCCUCAGUCAGUCUUUUCUUUGAUCUUUGUUUUAGAACUCCUAAUAACAGCUGGUGGGACCCCAGCCCACCCAAAGUUCACAGGCAGGGUACCUAAGCGAGAAUUCUGAGGAAAUUAAAAUGAAUUCAAAGUGAAUUUCAAAUUUAAGCCCAAAAUAGCUAAACUGGGAAAAUUAUCCAAGUGAAAUAUGCUUCCAGUACAACAACUUUGGCCCUAAUUUUGAAAUUAACUUUAAAUUCCUAAAAAUUAUAUUGUGAAUAACCCAGGUAGUUUAUACUUUAACAAAGGGAUAGUUCACUUUAAAAAAAUAUAUAUAUAUAAAUAAAAGGCCUUUUUCUUUCUAUAGAUGUUGCAGGGAAGUUAUAGUUUCCAAAAUAACGUGUUCAUAACAUUGUCAGGUUAUACCAUUGCUGUAGCGUUUACCUGGCAAUUUGGAAGAAACUGCAGGAGUAAGGCUUUUUUUUUUUUGUCUGGAGCGUCUACAGUUUUUCUACCUCCAUUACUCUCUCCUUAGCUUAGUGAAAGCCAAAAUUAGCAAAAGGCUGAAUGCAGAGUGAAUGUCUACCUGUAGUCAGCUCAUUACCUGUUGUGUUUGAUUAACAUAUACUGCAAUAUUGUGUUUCAUUUUGUUUUCAUGUGUCGAAAUUGUUGAAAAAAGUAAAGAGUUCAAUAUGUUUACCAUUUUUUUUAAGUGCACAAUUUAGAGCAGUGGUGCACAAAAGGUAGAUCCCCAGAUGUUUUAAAAGCAUCAUUGGAGUUGUAGUUCUACAACAUCUUUGGAACUACCUUUUGUGCACCCCUUGGUUGCCACUACAACACAUUCUUUUUCCCAUGACCUGCAGUAGUUCCCAUUGAUUGCAGUAGCAUUUGCUCCCCCUAGCUGUAUCCUAGGCUACUCCCUCUUGCCAUAACAGAUGUAGUCCCUGUUCCCUCCGGACAGGUACUAGUAGUCCAUGCUAAUCCUAUGGCCGGCCCGGUAGUAGGUUGUUCUCGCAGUUGCACUUAGUCACUGGUAGCCUAUGUAUUCUUUGAUCUGACUGCCCAUAACAGCUACCAUUUCCUUAGGUUUACUCACUGAACUCGUUAAUCUAGUGAACGGAAUGGCAAAAUAUUUUAUCGCGUUUAUUAAAGUGUCCUAAAUGUGAUCUAAAAAGUGACUGUUUUCUUCAUAUUUUGCAGACCUUUCCAUUUUAGAAUGCUUGUAAAUUUAGAGUGGCAGGAAAAAAAGAUAAGGGAAAUACGAUUGAUAAGUCUGUGGCAUCGCAGACAAGAUGGCAUAUAGUAUAUAAAUGCCAGUUAGGGUGUAAAAGCAGCAACAGAUUAAAAAAAAAAAAAAUCUUGACAGAUUUUAUAAAUUGCUUUGAAAAUUAGACGUAAAAUGAUCAGCAACACUUUGAUACAUCUCCCCCGAUGUAUCUGGAAAGUUAAACCAUAUUUGCUUUUAACAGCAGAUUAUAUAUACUUUAAUGGUAACUUGCAUAAUGGAGGGCGCUACGUAUCCAGAGGAAAAGCUACAGGAACUGGGAAAAGUAACUCUGUGCCGGGAAUCCCAAGUGUCCAUGUUACUAGCAAUAUUUGGAGAGGUAAGGUGUUAUUUCGAAACAUUCUCUGUACGUGCACUCACACGCAUCCUUCCAAACACUGUAUUGUUGGUUUCACUAAAAGUUGCUAAAGCAAGUUUUUAUGUUUUUUUUUUUUUUCUUUCUUUCUUGCUAUUUGCUAAAAGCCUACAUAAACCUAGCUCAGUUUAUGAGAUGGUUGUAAGGGACACGGCAGUCUCAGCCACUACUGGAAUGACAUCUUCCCUGCUUAUCCAUAUAUUUUAAAGUAACAUAACAAACUCCACAAACCGUUCUAGAAUGUUUUGGCUUAUGGCCUGCAGUGGUCAGCUUGGCGCUAGUCCCCACCUCCAUUAUUUUAAACUGAUUGGAAGCUUUCAGUCAAUGAGCUAUAUUUACAAUGCAGGACUGGAGAGCUAACGGAAGCUCUUAAGCAUGUUUCCUGCUCUCUGUCAGCUGUAGUUGAGGCUGGGAGUGGUGUCUGGCGUACCCCAGGUAAAAUAGUCUAUAUUCAUAUUCUAAAAUGAUUGGGAGUGGCAAGGCUCUGUAGUGAUUAUAGUGUUUGGGGUGUUCUUUUAAUGUAUGUGCAGGAUGAAAGUAAAGACCACAUAUAUUGAUGUUUUUCAAUCGUUCUUACCAUUCCUUGACAAAUGACUUUCCAGGACUGACAUAAUACGAAACAAUUUUAAUAAUCCCAUGUCAUGAAAUUGUUUGGACUGCACAGGAUUCACAUUCUCAUCACUCUGGGCUAUGCGGGAGGAUAAUUGUUACACAGAUGUCUUACCGUCGUGAUUUCUAUUUUGUGUGAAACUUGUUAAACAGUCUAACUCCCAUCACAUUCAGAAGUACAGCUGGUAGUCAUCAGAUGUAGCUACAAUUCUAGCCAGAUGUUAAUAUUUACUCUACCCCGCAUGCCCAGAGAGUCCAUGACAUACUUGCUAAGGAUGACUAUUUACUUGCCAGGAUGAAAUUUUCAUUUUCCAACGGCUAAUGGUGAGUGAAAAGUAUGAUCCCUGAUUUUUGGCACCUAUAGACAUACUUAAAGAAAUACUAUUUUUCCUGACACUAUAGUUCUUACCCACAGUAGAAAAGGUGAUUUUACUCACCUUUUUUUAGUGUCAUCCGGGUCCGGUCGUGGCUGGCCUUGCCAAUGUCCCACCCCCUUGCUUGAGAUCAUCACACUUGACGAUCUCAGCCAAUCCAAUGCAUUCCUAUAAGAAAUCCAGAACUACAUUAAGCUUUAGUUGUUCUGGUGACUAUAGAGUCCCUUUAAAGGAACAAACCCCUAAAAAAAGUCACUUUACUGUGACAAGGAGACCCUCUCACAGGUAAGCUACUCUUCAUUAAAAGGAAAUGGGGUGCAGGAGACUAAGUAACAAACCAACAUUAUAAAUUAAUGUAUUAACAGAAUUAUAUUUUGUUUAAUCUGUAAUUUAAGUGAGCUAUUCUAUAUAUAAAAUAUUAUUUAUUUUCUUUCUGUUAGCGCAAGCACCUGAGUUUUCCUUCCAUAUUUAUUUAUGGUCACACCGGCACUGGGAAAACAUAUGUCUUGCAGACUGUUUUGAACACCCUGGAGGUAAGACCAUCUAUGCAAGAGGACAAUACUACUGAGUUCUUUAUCGCCACACUCUCCUGUCCAAUGCACACUUUUUGAACAAAGGCUUUGUCAGAUUCCACUGGGAAAAAACCCUGCCUAUUUAUGUCGUUUAUACAUUGUAUAACCAAAGUAAAGUCCAUGCUAGCAUUUAUGUUCUGCUAUAUACACAGGAUUAUUCUCUAAACUAGUGUGCGGACUGUCAGGAAUUAAAAAGUGAUUUAGUAGACAUUUUGAGCCAGCUGAACAGAGUGUACUUUUAAUUCUUGUUCUGUAGCUUCCUCAUGCGUUUGUAAACUGCGUGGAGUGUUUUUCACCUCGGUUGUUAUUUGAGGAAAUUCUCAACAAGCUCUUCCAUCACUGCCCAGCUCCAGAAAAUGAAUAUUCGUCAAUUGAAAGAUGUGACACAUUAAAUGAUUUUGUUCGAAUGUAUAAGAAGGCAGUUACGAGUGAGGAUUUGGAAAAGGAAACGGUUUACAUUGUAAGUAUUAGUAUUAUGGAUAUUAAUGAUGCAGAAUUAAGUCUCCUUCUGUUUGUCACAUCAUAUCGCUUCUAAUACAGAAUGAUAUAGUGGUAUGAAUCACCAAUCCCACCUAUAUCAGCAGCAGGUAUCCAGGUCUUCAUAAUAAUGCCGGGCUUCAAAUACACCCCGUGGCUGGUGACACCAUAUACGUUUCUUGCAGCAAAUUUGAGGCUCCAGGAUUCAAGUAAGUACUUUUAAAACAUAGCAUUUAUUGGGAAACAAUUACUUAAAAAAUACAGUUUUUUGUCUGCUGUAUAUAAGACAUAGACCAUCAAAUAAUUUGCUUUACGUGUUUUGUGUGUAGAUACCGCAGUUAAUCAUACGCAUGGAUGUGACUCGGUAAGGUGUAGGAUAAAUACGAGCAACCCUUAACAGCCACUUAAUUAGUUAACAGUGCAAGUUCUGAACCCCCGUAAACAACAGACUGCUGGCAAAUUACUUGUAUAGCAGACAGUGUUUGUUUAUUUUUUGGGCGAUUUUUCCAUUCUAGUUUUUCUAAUAAAUGCUACGUUUUCAAAGUACUUACUUGAAUUCUGACGUCUUGAGUCUAUUGCAAGGAACCCAUAUCGCUCCUUGUUACACAUUGCCAAUCUUGCUUUUAUGCAACCUGACAAUCUGUACCUCAGUCUAUGAUCCUUAUCCACCAUGUGAACCUAUUAGAUGGAGUAAAUGUAGCAUAAAAAAGUGACCGGUUUACAACUUUAUAUCUGCACAUCCAUAGCAGAACAUGCUGGAAUGAUAUGUUUGCUGUGGCUGUUUGUUACAAGGCUUGUUCUGGUUGUGUUUUUCAAAUCAAUACAUUGUCACUGUUGAAUUCAACAUAAAAAUUUAAUUAUUGUGAAGGUAGACUUAAAGGGUGCUUAAAGCACAAAACCUAUUGCAUUAUGCUGUAGUAGUUAAGUUGCCAGCAUGCUCCAUUCCCCCAGUUCCCCCAGUUCUCUGUGUCAAAUCACAAAAGCAGUUUGACAAUCUGAAGGUCCGCCAGGUGCCUGUCUGGACCCUUGCUAUUGCAGAAGUUACAAUUCCACAAUUACUAUAUCUAUCCAGAAAAUGCCAAAAGCUUCCUCAACAAUCCACAGAUCCGUCUUUCUGCCCCUACCUGACCACCUCUAUAGAAUUUCUUCCACUCCAAUUCACCUGAUCCCACUGUUUCCUAAUUGACUUUUUUUUAAAUUUGUUUAACAGUUCCUUUAGAUCCAAACUAUCUGACCCUUUACCGUUUCCUCAUAUUGCUUCUUCCUCCUUUCCUAUGUACUGCUCUUCCUGAUCUACAUCUUUCUUUCUUACAUAGAAUGUGACGGCAGAUAAGAACCAUUCGGCCCAUCUAGUCUGCCCAAUUUUCUAAAUACUUUCAUUAGUCCCUAGUCUUAUCUUAUAGUUAGGAUAGCCUUAUGCCUAUCCCACGCAUGCUUAAACUCCUUUACUGUGUUAACCUCUACCACUUCAGUUGCAAGACUGUUCUUACUCUGUUCGAUAAUUGUAAUCAUGUCUGCGUCCACCUUAUAUUUACAUUUUUUUUGUGAUCUUUGAUUACUUUUAUCAUUGCCGAUUAGUAUAUUAGUGUCUUGUGUAUGCUAAAAAUGUAAAAUUAAAGCUUGUCUAGUGCUUUUUAAUAAUUUUUUUUUUUUGUGUAAGGUUUGUUUUUUUUAUUAUAAUUUUUUUUUAUACAAACUGAAUGAUAUUCUCUAUUGAGGUUCUGGAUAAGGCAGACCUGUUACGGGAAAUGGAUGCAAAUCUCUUGCCUGGCUUCCUCAGAUUACAGGAACUGGUAGGUGUAAACAUUUAUACCAAUGUUUUAUCAAAAUUAUAUCAUUAUUUCUUUGAAACUGGAAAUAGUACAAUACUGCUGGUAACAGCAAUACAUUUCGUUUGUCUAAAUUAUUUAAAAAGAAAAAAAAAAACCCAGAGAAAUAAAUAAAAAAUUAUAUCAUUUACCUUUAGCAACUUUUCAGUAACUGUGUACUGUUCAAAUGUCAGUGUUUUAUAACUGAUGGAGCAAAUAAAUGUUUGUGCAGUGGAUUGCUGCCAUGGAUUAACCAGGAUAUCAAAUUAUCAAAUCCUUAAAAACCCUUGGCUUUGGAAACUUGCUUUGAACAAUUGACCUCUGGCAUAGCCACUUAAAGGACCACUACAGUGUUGGAGUGUCUUUUUAGGUGUCCGGGCCCCUUAGACUGGAGUUCUAAGGUAUUUUACUUGUCUUUUCUUGAUCAGCCCGCCUCCAUGCCUGAGAUCAUCAAUCAGUAUUAUCUCAGCCAAUCCAAUGCUUUCCCAUCAUAAAGCUUUGGAAGGCUAUUGCACAUACAUUUUAAUUUAUCUGCCUGCAUGCUAUAGACACUAGAGCCCCAAAAUAAGCUGUAAUACUUCUAGUGACUAUAGCGUCCCUUUAGGUCCUCAUUCAUAUAUACACAUUUGUUUCCUGGGCCUUAUCUGAACUGGAUUUUUACAUAAGUGAAUGUGAUAGAUAAAUAUUUUAAUCCCCUAGAUCUAAAACUACAUUCUCUGUUUUGUUAAUAUUGCAUUAUUUCCUCAUUUUCUUUUAUCACUUGUCACAUGUUCUAGAUGGUGUUUUGAUCACCUGAUUAUUUUAAUCAGUCAUUUGUGCUGGAAUAUUCAUUCUUGAGUUCUCACUCUCCUGACCACAGUUCCCGUCCCAGUACUGAUUGACUUACAAAGACCCAUUUCUGUCCCAUUGUGGAUACUGAUAUAUUUUGACCUAUUUUGGAAAGCAGGUCUUUGAGGUGUUGGGAAGUAUCUGUAUUGAUAACUGAUACUGUAUUAAAUUGUAUUUGGUUACUAUUGCAGACAGAGAGCAAUGUGACGGUCAUAUUUCUGAGUGAAAUCGUUUGGGAAACAUUCCGUCCGAAUACUGGCUGCUUGGAACCAUUAACAUUAUAUUUUGCGGAUUACAGUAAAGGUAUUUUAGUUUAUAUUUCCUGAAGUUUAGUUUCUUUCUUGUAUCUCCCAGGUUUGUUACUUGCCAUUUUAAUGUAUUAAUUGAAUUAAACAGUUAGUGUUGAAUUGCAUAUCCCAUAAACCAAUGCUGUGGAUAUCAUUUUUUAACUAAUUAGUAGGUACUCCCCUUCCCUGCUGUCUCUCUGCUGUGCCGGUGACUUUCUCCUGUCCUGCACCCUUACUGCUAAUUCACGCUUGCAGGACUUCUCACGGGUGGCUCCUUUACUUUUGAACAUCCUGCUUACCCCCUCUGAUUUUUCCCUAGUCUUCAAUUGUUUAAGAAGUCCCUCAAAAUCCAUCUGUUUAGAAUAGCUUAUUCCCAGAGUAACUUAUUUCACAAGCCCGUUCCUUGGUCUCUUAAAGGGCCACACUCCACUUUCACCUUCCUGUUUUCCCACCCUGUCGCUUGGUUACUAUCCCCUAUUCUGAACUUCCUAUCAUGUUCUUAUACCCCACUUCAUCCAGAUUGUAAGUGUUUUGUGCAGGAUCCUUACCAAGCUAUUGUUCCUGUAACAUUUUGUAAUUGUCUCCUUUAUUGUUAAAUUUCCUCUUUAUAAUACUGGAAUAAGUUGGCGCUAUAUAAAUGCCAUAAGAAUAAUAACUUCUCUUGCAUAGAUUACAGUGCAGAGAAGCCCUCUGUCCCUGUCUGCCUACAUAAACUUGCUUAUAACUACAACCAUUUAAAAAGCUGGUUAUUCUUCCUCCUCUGUACUUGCAAAUGAAACUUAACCUUUUAACAUUAGGGUCUUGAUUUUAGUACAUUUUCCUAAUGACUCAAUAUGGUUCGAAAACGUAAGAAAUUAUUUAUCUACAAAGAUUCCCAUAGACCUUAAUGAUUUCUAUAGAUAAAGUUGUUUUUUCCUUUUUUCUGUAACCAUGUUGAAUCAUUUGAAAUUAUGAAAUUGAAGCCUAGGUUAAUACGGUUAGGGUACUUGGAUGAAAAAGGCAUUAACAGAGCUGUCAGAACUGAUUGGAAAUAAAUUUUGUGGGUGAUAAAGGAACUUUUUUUUGCACAGCUGGUAAACAUACUCAUUUCAUACUGUAGGUAACUCCAGGCUAUACCUGAGAAUAAUCGUUGCAGAUUUCUUGUUCAUUUUGGUUAGAUCCACUUUAUGCUUUUUUUUUUUUAACCAAUAUAAUGAAAUAUAAAUAGCCUAAUAGGGUGCCCGUUUCCUUUGUAGCGGAACUUCAAAGGAUCCUAUCCAGUGAUUAUCCUGAAGAGUACUCUGCAGAAUUCUAUGCGUCCUACAUUAAUAUUCUUCUUAGUGUUUUUUACACUGUAUGCCGGGACAUAAAAGAACUCAGGCACCUGGUAAGAAACGGUAUUUCACAUAAAAUUUAUUUUUUGAUCUUUAACUUAAGAACUAACAUUAUCGAUACUGUGAUCCGUAUAAUGUUUUGUACAGCUUAGGAAGCAGAAAUCUGGCUUCCUCUGUCAUGUCACCUAGCUUAUUUUCUAUAAGGGCAUACAAUUUAAACAUUUGUAGUUUUAUUUUGAUAUACUGUCAAAUGUGUGGGUGUAUGUGUAUACAGCAUAUACUGACAAUAGGGGUAUUGUUCCCUAACCUGGAAACUUUUGAGAAAUUGCAAGAGAAUUUCACAUCUUGGACCACAAACAUAGAAUGUGACGGCAGACAAGAACCAUUCGGCUCAUCUAGUCUGCCCAAUUUUCUAAACACUUUCAGUAGUCCCCGGCCUGAUCUUAUAGCUAGGCUAGCCUUAUACCUAUCGUACGCAUGCCUAAACUCCCUCGCUGUGUUAACCUCUACCACUUCAGCUGGAAGGCUAUUCCAUGCGUCCACUACCCUCUCAGUAAAGUAAUACUUCCUCAUAUUAUUUUUAAACCUUUGCCCCUCUAAUUUAAGACUGUCCUCUUGUUGUGGUAGUGUUUCUUCUUUUAAAUAUAGUCUCCUCCUUUACUGUGUUGAUUCCCUUUAUAUAUUUAAAUGUUUCUAUCAUAUCCCCCUGUCUCGUCUUUCCUCCAAGCUAUACAUGUUAAGAUCCUUUAACCUUUCCUGGUAAGUUUUAUCCCGCAAUCCAUGAACCAGUUUAGUAGCCCUUCUCUGAACCCUCUCUAAGGUAUCAAUAUCCUUCUGAAGAUACGGUCUCCAGUACUGUGUACAAUACUCCAAGUGAGGUCCACCAGUGUUCUGUACAAUGGCACGAGCACUAUAAUAGCAAAAACAUUUUGUUUGGAUAAUUUUUCUAGUGUGUUGCUGUUUAGCCGGAAUUUCAUUUUUCCUCAUUAUUCAUAGUUUAAUGAUUAAACCAAAUGCUGUAAUUACAGAGAACGUUGUGAGUGAGUUUGAGGCUCGUUUUCCCAACAUCCAUGCUCCCAAAGUCGUUUUACUGCCUUGAAACCGUUUCACAAGUCCAAGUCCUCAGUGUUAGCCUUGGCAGGAACGUUAUGGCUGGGUCAAUGAAAGUCAACCUACAGCGGGAAUAUUCACCGGCAGCUUGGGCAAAGAUUAUGAGAAAUAUUGUUACCCUUUAGGCUUAAAAGGCUGCCACUGUAGUCCAGUCUGUAUAUAUAUUGAGUUAGUACAUACUCUUUGUUACUUUUGCUGCCUAAAGUUGAUUUAUUUUAUUUCUUUUUUGAUGAGGCUUGUUUUCUUUUUUUUUUUCUUUAUUUCUUUAGGGAUAGUGAGAAGAUGGCAUUUUUGGUUAUUUCUUAUCUUUAUGUGACUUGGCUAAUGCUAAAAACUAAUAUAUUUUUUUUUAAUAUUUUUUUUUUUUAAUGUUUUUUUUUAAUUUUUAGGGAAAGAUUAGAUGUAACAGGGUGUUGAGCUGAUAAACAAAUGGUUACUCUCACAGCAGUUACAGUUACACGUGUUUUAUGAUUAACCUUCCCCCCCCCCCAAAAAAAAAUUAUGUGAUUGGCUGCUUUGUAUACUCACCAAAUUGCAUUAAUAAACAGUAGGUAUAAUGUUGAGUUAUUUGAACUGCCAAAUUAACAAGUGAAUUGCUUUAAAGGACCACUAUAGGCACCCAGACCACUUCAGCUUAAUGAGGUGGUCUGGGUGCCACGUCCAGUUUCAGAGAAACUGCUAUGUUUAUGUUAGGGUUAAUCUCAUUGACAGCCGCUAGAGGGCUUCCGCGUUUCUCACAGUGAGAAGACGCCAGCGUCCAUAGGAAAGCAUUGUGAAUGCUUUCCUAUGGACUGGCUGAAUGCACGCACGGCUCCUGCCGCGCAUGCACAUUCAGCCGAAGAGGAGGAGGAGAGCUCCCAGCCCGGCGCUGGAAAAAGAGGUAAGUUUAACCCCUUCCUCUCCAUCCAGCCCUGAGGGUGGGGGCACCCUCAGGGCACUAUAGUGCCAGGAAAACGAGUAUGUUUUCCUGGCACUAUAGUGGUCCUUUAAGACAAAAAAGCCAAAUUUGAAUUUUUCCAAGUCCAUUAUUUUUAACCUUGACUGGUUAUUACAACCCACAAUUUGCAAUUCCCUUUCCAUUUCUUAAUACAUCCCACUUUAGUGAAUAAACUCCACUAUGUUCUGACAAAACCGUUUUACUACUUUAAAAGCUUACAUGACAAAAUAAUUUCAAGCUUUAAUAUUUAUUUUUGGAUUUAUAUUAAGUUUUUAUUUUGAUUUACUGAAUUUGGUUCUACACAAGCCAUUUUCACAGUUUAAUCUGUGAUUUUUACACUUUAAUUAUCUGUGUCAUGCAGGCUGAGCUUAACUUCAUAAAGUACUGUGAACCUGUCACUAAAGGGGAAGGUAAGUGUUGAACACACAUAACAUGUUUAAAAUGACUGCUCCUUGGCAUCAUUAACCCACAAUAAUCCAUCCGUCUUUCACCCCUAGACGAGCCACGUCCAUAAUACAGCAUACAUCGACAUAAGGACAAUUAAUUAUCUAAAUAGCUUUCUUGUGCCAUAAGGAAUAGUGGUUGUUUGUUGGUACUGGGGUUAGUAUUCCAGUAUGGAUUUUGAGCUCCCCCAAUGAUUUAAAUUUCUGCAUUAGUGCACAAGAUGUAGUCUAUGAACACAAAAAUACAAUAAGAUGGGUUUUGAAAAUGUGUAUUUACGUGGGUGGAUUGUAUUUAUAAUUAUAAGGGUGGAUGAUGUGCUUGGGUCAGGCAUGUGUAACUGUAUGCCUGUGUGUAAGUAUAUGAUUUUACGGAGGUAGUAGGCAAUUCCAUUCUGCAGUGUAUCAAUGUUGGAUGUGCAUUCAGUUAAUGACUUUUAUAUUAAUGUUUUUAAACACUGCCCACCCAUACAAAGCCCAAAUGUGCAUUAUUUUAAUCCAGUAGAACAUUAUUGUUCAGAGCUGACCACCGAGAUUCAUAGGUCCUUCAGAUGAGAUCUUUGCUAGCAAACCUGUUUGAGCACAUUCUAUUUAUUAGCACCACAAUGCUCUUCUUUACUUUCUCUUCUGCUUUUACCUUCAUUUUUUUCACUUUAAUAAAAUUGUAAUGAAAUUCAGGUGAGCAUCAUACAAGGUACAACAAAUAAUACCACGUAUGCCAUAGAGGUGGAGCGAGAUUAUUGUUAAUGUGUUAGAGCUAAGGAAACCUAAAUAGCAGUAGGUAGACCUAAUAUACAUUUCAUAUUGUAUUUUUAUAGCAAAAGAAACAGAUUCACAUAAACUAUUUCGAAAUAUUGAGCCUCAUUUAAAGAGGGCCAUGCAGACGGUUUAUCUCCGGGAAAUAUCAAGGUAAAAUUUCAUAUCAUUUAGUUUAUUAAUGUAGAAAUCUUGUAAAAAGACCCCCACAUGAUGCAUAGGAAAAAAUGACAAGUACCUCUUAACAAGUACACUGUAUCUGCGUUAGAUAAGCUUUGAUCCUUUGUCUUCUUGUAAGAUGCUUUUUCAUAUGUUUGUUUUAAAAAAAAAAAAUAUAUCAAUUGGUGAUGCCAUUGAGUGUUGUUAACCAUCGUUUCCUUUUAUUUUUAUUCUUCUUUCUUUUGCCCAUGUUUUUACAAUUAUAUUUAAAAGGGCACUAUAGUCACCAGAUUAGUUACUGCUUAAUGUAGUGGUUUUGGUGUAUAUAGCAUGUCCCUGCAGGCUUUUUAAAGUAAACGCUGUAUUUUCAAAGAAAAGACUUUGUUUACAUUGGUGCCUAGUCACUGCUUCCAGGGGCAGCACUGGCAUUUAGAGUCUCCACACUCUGUAUAGAGACGCUGAACAUGCCCCCUGGAGAUGCACUGAUUCAAUGCAUCUCUAUGAGGAGAUCCUGAUUGGCGGAUUGAUGGAGCCAACCACUGCAAGACCGGCACAGCAUGGGGAAAAAAAGGUGAGUAAAAUCGUGCGAUAUAAAGGGGCUGUGGAGCUAUACAGACACAGAGGCACUAUACUGCCAGGAAUACCUGAAGUAAAAUGUAUAUGGAUUAAGAUAUCCUGUAUUGCCAUAUAGUGUCUUGCCCACCACAACAUAUUGACUGCAUUGCAAAGGUUUUUCCAGUUUACAUCCUUCUCAGGAAGGCACAAGUUUGUGAAGGACCUUAUAAGCAGAGGUGGAAAGCCUACUCCCUGUUCCCACCACCCAUCUGAAGCCAUAGGUGAGCCUUAAACAUCUAUGAUCGCACAUCGCUACUUAUAAUAAGUGAUCUAGAUAGUAACAAUACUAGAGUUGGAGAGAAGCAGUCACAGGUCACUUUUAUCUUGGAAGGCAAGCAACUUAAAAAAAACUAAUUUGAGCUCCAGCAAUAUGUCAUCUUAAUACAAACAUGUUGGCCACAUUAUUUUGGAACUACUGUGCUUUCAUUGCAGCAAUGGGCACGUUGGACAUUGGAUGUCUAUACCCAUAAUCUAGCUGUACAGGCAGCUUCAGUGACCAAGCCUGAGUGAACAUGCCAGCUUUCAGGCUCGCUUCACUAGGACGUGACUGAAUGUAUUAGAGCUUCAGCCUCAUUCAGAUGGAUCAACGUGCUUUUUUCUGAGGAAUUCAUUAUUCACUUUGUGAAUAGGUUACAUAAUGUGAUGUAUACAGUUUUGUUUUCUUUCACAGCUCCCAGUGGGAGAAGAUGCAACAAGAGGACAGAGAAGCCGGACAACUCAGAGGUACGGCCUUUCCCUGAAAUGUUGUGAUGGAGGAAUGGACAUAGCAGUACAGGGGAUUGGGAGAGAGUUGAAUCUGAAUCUAAAAAAACAUUAGACCUGUAAGCUUUAUAAAAUGUAUGCAACUGGCAUUUUUUUUUUUUUUUUUAAUGUUUUAUUUUUUAUGUUAUGAGUAGACAAAGCCCCAUUUAGCUUCCCCUGAGCAACUUUUAUCCAAAUAUGAGCAUCUCCUUCUCCAGGAGUCUCUGCUGCUUGGCUAAAGAAUGUGUGCUGACUGUCAUUGCACAUCACUAUUGUGAGGUUUCAUGUUGAUCAUGUUAGGAUUGCAAUCUAAACAUAUUGCCAUUCUAUAUGAGCAAUGUCUCAUUUUCAGCUAAUUACCUCUAAUUGCUCUUACUCUUGUAGUUGCCUUUAGAACAUGUUUUUGUUAGGAUUGCUCACAGAACAUUAAUGGAUCAUACUUAAGUGCAAUGUCUCAUUUUCAGCUAAUUACCUCUAGUUGCUCUUACUCUUGUAGUUGCCUUUAGAACAUGUUUUUGUUUGUUUCUCACAGAGUUAAUGGAUUACUUAAGUGCAACAUCAUUCAUAUGUUCUAUAACUUUUUCGUUUUUGUUUUCUUUUCUUUUCUGUAUUUUUCAAGGGUUAUCUGCUCACGCCCAUGUAGAAUUGCCUUACUACUCCAAAUUUCUGCUCAUUGCAGCGUAUCUGGCUUCCUUCAACCCUGCAAGAACAGACAAAAGGUUUUUCCUAAAGGUUUGAAGCCUGGCCUAUAUACACACACAGAAUGAAAAAUAACGUUUUUAAAAAGUGUAACCCUUUCUGGUAGAUGUUUGCAGAUAUUCUAUAUUUAGAUUCUUUGCAUUAUUUGAACCGUUGCUGUAAGACAGCAUUAUAAAAUCUACUGCUGCUUCAUAAACUACUAACAGAGAGUGUUGACAGUGGUGUACAAGGAUAGUUUGGAGAAAAAACGUCUCCUUAAAGGAUUACCAGCAUUUAUAAAGCGCCAACAUGCUGCACAGUGCUGUUCAAUUGGAGCGACUGUACAAUGUACACAGACCAAUAUAAAUGGUAAAGAGGGCCUUGCCAUGAUCUGAGAUCUAACCAUUGAAGCCUUAAUGUACAUUAAGUGCUUGGUUAGAUAGCCUGUGAACUUGCAAUCUAAUCCUUUAUUCUCUUCUCCCAGAGGUUGGGAAAUAAUUGCUUUCUAUUGCGUGGAGGCUUUUUUAUUUAUGUAUAAACAAAGAAUAGGCAAGAUACAUAUAAAAAAAAAAGUAACAAUUUUUUUUGUUAUUAACAUGUCAAGCAUUAUAUGACAACUACUUGAAAUGUGUUAUUUUAUAUAAUAUUGCAAAUCACUUUAAAGGAAAUCUUCAGUUUUUAAAAAUAUUUUUUUCUAACACUAGAGCAUUGGGUAGUCUCUUAGAUCCACUUUACACCUCACUUCACCAUACAUUAAGGAGUUAACUUGCUUUUAAUUCAGCAGCAAGAUUUUCUACCAUAUUAUCAGAUUCUUAGAUUUAACUAGUGACGUUACAACGUAAAAUAGGCCUUAUGCUUUCAUUUGUUUUAUUGAUUUUUAGCACCAUGGGAAAAUUAAGAAGACAGAUUUCUCGAAAAAACAUGAAAAGGUAUGGAAAUAUUUAAAUAUGUAAUAGUAUUUAUUUGCACAUAUGUUACAAGCUAUAAUUUACCAUUACGGUGUUUUAAAAAUGUCUUUGCAAACAUUUCACCUGAUAGAAAUGGUUUAAUCAUCAUUUAGUGAUUCUAAAUAGCAUGAAACUAACUAUAAAAAGAUGUAUUUUGCACGAAAUGAUAAAAAUAUAGUAGUACAGUUUUACAUUCGUCAUAAAUUCAGAUUUGUGAGUUCCUUACUGGGGAAAUGAAUUAAAAUAGUUAUGUUGAGAUCAGGUCAAUUAAAAUACAACUGUAAUCAAAUUGUCACUUCUUGUUUUUUUUAAAAGUUUGUUACAUUUCAUGAAAUAUAUUUUUUCUAAAUGAAACAUAUUGAUUUAAAUUUUUUUUUUUAAAUGAACAUGUCCCUUUUAUAUAACCGCCAUGCUAUAUAAGACUCUAUAGUUAUUUGACCAUACACUGCUCGGCCUAACUUGCUUGCUGCUGUGAUUGCUGUUUGUGAAAUUGUAGAAGCAGGCAAGUUAGGUUGACCUGUUGGUCAUUCAGCAUUAGAAUCUGACCCAACACGGCUGCUUAAACAUCGUUUUAAAAAUAUUUAAUUUCAUUAAAUGUAAUAAACUUUUUUAAAGUGAACCUGUAUAGGAAAAAAAAUUACUUGCCUGAAAUCAUUCCCACAUUCAUAGUAUAAAUUCUAUAUCACAAAGAUAUGUGAUGUAUUCAGUGUAAAAUAUAGAGAUUUAGUCACCUCUCUAACAUUCCAGCGUUGCCAUAUUUGACCUUCGUGGGUGUUACUCUUCAUGUAACACUCGCCUACAGUCUUCGUUGAGUUGCCCUGCUCAGGACACUUCCCCAAGCAGCGCAAAUCUUCUCAGUGAUGUCUUCGUUGCCGGCGUUGGAACGGAGUGAUGUGACUCCGUUCCUAUACUCCAUAGCCAACGCUAGAAGCACAGUCUGUGAAGUUUCCAUAGCAACCACAGCGCAUGUGCUGUGGUUGGUAUGCUUGGGAGAGCAGAAGGACCUCUUGUGGGGGAGGUCUUUUUUGCUAUACCUUGUAUAUAAAUGCCUCAGCAUCGAGUGUCUGUCGAGGCAUUGACUGAGAUAUGGGAGAAAAACCUAUUUUUAGGUAUUCUUUAAAUAAAUGAAAAGUGAAAAUUUGAUCUGUCUUCCAGUAGAAUAUAAUAAUGCAUGCAUUUUUUUUGACAAUCUAUUUUUUAUUGAAAGAUUUUAGUACAGAUUUUACAAGUAAUAGAGUGAAAAUGUAGGUUAUACAGUAGAAUUAAAGAAAUGCGUACAAAACAAGGCAAAUACCUUGACCUAUUGGUGGCCAGUAAAAAAGUAUGGAGCACAGUGCCUAUCAACAUUAGAAUUAUAACUUCUAUCUUUCCAAACCAUACAGUAUUCGAAUCGCUUUUGCUAAAGAACCCGAGUCUGCAUCUGUUUGCUUUAUGCCAUAUGUUUUAAAUCGGACAGAAGAAUGCUACUGGUAACUGGAGAGGUUCCAGUCUUUCUUCCCUGUCUGUCCCUAUCCCCUGCUUCACCUCCCCGCUGCCUCUCUCCCCUCCCCCCCUCUUUUUUUGUUUUGUUUUUGUUUCCCCCUUUUGUUUUGACAGUCUUGUUUUUAGCAAAGGCCUUGGAAAGCAGUCAAGAGUUAAUAUACAUAUGGAACAUUCAAACAGUGUUAGCCUUGAUACAUUGUCUAACAUCAUCAAGUAGAUUGUCAACAUUUUCUAAACCGUAAUGCGAAUUGAAUUGACAAGAAGAUAACGUGUGCAACUCCAGUGCGUGUGUGUGUGUGUGUACAACUUGGUCGUGUUUCGGGAGCUAUCCUCAUUUGCCAUGGGAUGUCAGGACCCGGGGAUCUAUGUUAAUCUGUGAGGUCUCCUGUUAAGUCUUCCCUCAUUCGAUACCUGCUCGGUUCUCCACCAAGUCCUCCGCAGCCUCUCCUUGACACAUCGUAGUAGCCCAUGGCCCACUGUGUAUUUGGCCCCCAAUUCACUAAGUGGGGUGUUCCCUUUAUCAGCCAACUCCCCAUGCCUGCAGCAAGCUCGUGGAGCUGUAUAGAAGAAGGGGAGUGCCCUGCUGCGGUUAAUAAUACAUGCACUAAUGGGCAGUAUGGAAUAGAGGCAUAGGAUAGAUGAUAAGAAUGCGUAGUAGGGGGAGGACAAGCUGUAGAAAAAGGCAUGGUGGACAAAACAGAGUCCGCAGCGUUACCACCCCCUGCCCAAGUCCACGCAGUCCUUCUUCCAUCUCCCGUUGCCCAGAUGAUACUGUCCUCAGGUGUAGUGUGAUUAAUUUUGUGAGCAUAAGUACAGAAUCAAUGUAGGGCUCCUUGAUGGUGUUAGACAGUUUGUGCCGUAUUUGAUACCAUACUCUGUGUGGCACCUAUGAAUGGCUGUUCGCGUAGAAAUGAUCAUGUCUCCCCCUCAGACAACCAUACCGCAGUUGGUAUUCGUCCUCCAGCAAUCUCACGUUCGAGGCUGCACCGCUAUUCUGGUCAGAUGAGUAACUCUGUAAUACAUUAGAAAUGAGGGUAGUCCCAGCCCCCUUCCAUUUUAGAUCUCAUCAGUUGCGACAUGCGAAGUCGGGGCUUCCGGCCUCUCCAGACGUACUGCAUUAACGUUGUGUUUAGGGAUUUAAAGAAGGCGACAGGUAGAGUCGGGGGUAUAUUCUUGAAAAGGUAGAGGAUCCUGGGGAGGACGUUCAUCUUUAUGGAGUUGAUUCACCUGGUCCAGGAAAAGUGGGGUGUUAGCCAUGACUUCAUGUCCGACUGAAGGCAAUAAUGCAUGCAUUUUAUUCAUAUUUAUGCUCUUCAGGCUUCAGUCUACAACAAUGAUGCAUAACUUUUUUUUUUUUUUUUUUAAAUGUGUGUUGAGCACUCAAUGAUCCUGGAUCUGCAGUCUAGCUGAAUAUCUAAAAUACAAUGGUUUCUCGGUCCAUUGCAGUUAUGACUCGAACACUGCAAAUUUAGAUGGUUUCCAGCCAUUCUGAAGACAUAACUGGUUGUCCAGGCACUUCAGUAUCACCUAAAAUUUUGUGUAUUUUGGCUGAUGUAGGGAGAUCAUUUAAAAAAAUAAAUGAAAUGUAUAAGUGUGUAGAGGUUGUUUCUUGUUUCCAAAAUGUUCCAUUGCACAUGACAAAGUUGAUAUUAAAGUUUGAAGUGGUUACUUAAAAGUGUACUAUAAUGUACAUAGCACAAAAUUAAGAUUUUCAUUCAAUUAUUGAGUAGGAAGGUGUAAAAAGAAACACAUAAGCACAUUUCUUUCAGUACAAACAAUCCAAUCUGGUCACUUAUUUGAUCUCUGUUACAGACUAGCAAUCACCUUUUAGGGCCCAAGCCAUUUCCCUUGGAUAGACUGCUGGCCAUAUUAUAUAGCAUUGUGGAUAGCAGAGUGGCACCAACUGCGAAUAUAUUCUCUCAGGUAAGAUGGUGUAAAAUAUUGUGGGGGGGUUUUUUGGAAAAUUUUCCUGCAUGCAUUUCAUAUUGAGGCAUGGUUGAUCAUGAAAAAAUUGCUGUUUAUAUACAUACAAGUAAGCAAGGCACUCAAUGACUUUUAAUGUAAAGUACUUUCCUGGGUGCUGCUCCGGCCGAUAAAUAAAUGUAGAGAGCACUCACAGGACAAAUUUCAGGUGAAUAUAACUGGCUUUAUCGAAGCAGAUACGGUGUCAAAGCAACAAGUUCAACAUUAAGGAUCUGCUUUUGUAGGACGGCACUGCAUGCCCUAACAAUGGGAAAGCGUUAAGUUGUUUUGGUUAUAGAUCAUGCCCCUGCAGUCACUGCUCAAUUCCCUGCCAUUUAGGAGUUAAAUACAUUUGUUUAUGCAGCUCUAGCCUCACUCCCCUGUAUGUGACCUACACAGUUAUCCUAACAUUGCCUGUAAAUAAAUCUAAUAUUUAAACUUCUUUUAUUGUGCAUUCUGUUUAUUUUUUAAUUUAUUUUUUUAAAUCUCAUGCUCUGUUAAUAGUGUUCUAGAACCCGUGGGAUCCUCUUGUGUGGGAUUAAAGUUGCAGAGCAUGAGAUAAAAGCUUAUAAAGCAAGUUAGCAUCUGAAUGAAAAUUAAACCAUUUUGUUUCAUGCAGGCUGUCAGUCACAGCCAGAGGAGGUGUGGCCAGGGCUGUAUAAAUAGAAACAAAAAUGAUUUAAUGACUAAAUGACAAGAAUUGAGCAUUGAGACGGCAGGGGCAUGAUCUAUAAACCAAAACUGCUUCAUUAAGCUAAAUUUGUUUUAGCUUAAUGAAGCAGUUUUGGUUUAUAGAUCAGCUUUUAUGCUUUAAGUUUGACCUCUAUCAUAAAAGCUUUAGAGCCCCUUUCUUAAUCGAAGUAUAGACAAGAAGAAAUACCACUGUCUUGAACUCUUGAUAUUUUCAUAAAUCUCCCAUUUGUUUUACAAUCAGAAUUGAUCUAUCUCUGUAGGGACCCAUACCACACCCCAGUUAAGGGCCACUGUCUCUAAUAUUGAAUCCCCCAAUGGAAUAGACGUCCAGGCUUGAGCCGUUGAGUUAAAGUUAAAACUUUAUUUCUUCUGAUAACAUAAUUGUCUGUACAACAUAGUAACAACAGUCGGUGCACAGAGAGGGGUUACAGAGAAAGAGAACUUUACAUGUUUCAUUCCAGUAAGUAUAUCGAACGAAAAGGUCGAGUAUGAACAUCCCAAGGGUUAAAGGCCAAAGUAGAAAAUUUCUUAUGGAACAAUUUCCUUUGGGGAUUCGGUGUUGCUAUAUUCAACAUUGUUAGUAGGUGGAGAACCUACCUGUCUCUUGGAUGAUAAGAAGAUAUGCAUAUUAACUUAUGUUGCCAUGCUCUAACUCACGGUCUCUAGGGUCUGGAUGUUAAGUGACACUUUGGUGAAACUAAGAGCAUAUUAAAUGAGGUCACCCAUUACUUUACAUAAACAGUCAUUACUUUAUAUACUUUCUCUUAAGAUCUGUAUGUACUAAGUGUAGUCAGUAUUAAAAGUGCUUCAUCGAUAAACACCCUGGGAACAGAUAAUAAACCAUGCAUCUAUGGAACAGAUAAUAAACCAUGCAUCUAUGGGCCUUUGUUUGGUAAGAUUUCCAAAUUAUUCAAUACUGUCCAACAACUAUUACUUUAAACAGCUUCUAUUAUAUGUUUAUUUUUUCUGUGGUGCCAGCAUUCAUUGUAAAUUAUUUCUUGAUACAUAUAUGUAUAUGAUUGUGCUCUGUUUUAUUUGUCAAAGCCUGCAGUAUUUCUUAAUAAUCUCUUUCGCUUACUAUUUGUUAGAUUUCCUCUCUUGUGACCCUGCAGCUGUUGACCUUGGUUGGUCACGAUGAUCAGCUUGAUGCACCAAAGUACAAGUGUACAGUGUCAUUGGAUUUUAUGAGAGCGGUGGCAAGGUACGCACUUUACAUAUUUUGAGGUUAAAUAAUGUACUUUUGAUGUGAUGUAUGAAGAGAGAUGUAUUUGCUACCUUUUCUGUCACCGUGAUAUCGAGCUAGGGAAUUGUGUGAUGUGUCAGAACUGAUAACAGUAUUCACAAAAUUAUCUGUUAAUCACAAAUCACGUAAUGUUGGACAAACUCCGUUUUUGCUUAUCCUGCCAGCGGGACUGACAGAUGAUAGCUGCAGGCAGGUGGAACAUCAUGGAUUGCUGGAGAGGGAGGCAUUCUGAGUUGAACUAUCUGGUUGAUAGUGUCAGCUCCCUGUCAGAAUUCUCUGACCGGGUGCAGGUAAGAAUAACGACGCACAAACUGUAAGCACGCUGGACGUGCUUGGAGUUAGACUUCGGCCCAGGUUCUAAUAACCAAAGCUUCGGCAUGCUCGAGCAGUAUGUUGGAACGGAUGUUCGGGUAGCCGUGCAUUCCACUGUGUGUCUGCACUACUACGCAUGCUCAAAUGGAGUCGCGAAAUUUAGCACCAAAUUUGAAAUCGCCCAAGCUAUUUAAAGGCUGUUAGACCUGACUGAUUACAGGGUGUAUGUCAGAGGUAUUUUAAGAUCAGAGGAAAGUGUUUUACUCUGUAAAAAAUGUUAAUUGGCUAAUCUUUCGUUUUACAUUCCAUUUUAUUUUUAUUGUAUAUUCUAUUUUAUGUAACCUCAGAGAGAGAAGAAAAGUGUCUCAGCUCCACCUCCUCCAAAAAAGGCCACAAAGAAAAACAUCCAUCUAGUGUGUACAAAGAGUGCAAUACUGCUACCAGAUGGUCACAAAAAGAAAUAUUGUAAUCAAUGCUCAAAUUAAUCUCUUGAAAAAUCUAAGCAGAAGGAAAUGUCAUCAUUCCUUGCAUGGCUUCAAGAUAAUUUAAACAAACAUUGCUGAAUUUAAAGAGGCAGCAUUACAGAAAACUUGUGCCCGGGUCAGAAGUCCUGUUAGAGCGUAAAAAAGACAUAGGUCGCCAUCUAUCUCUGACCUAUCCUUUGUGGGGGUAUUCACGGAGUACAGAUGCAUCAGACUCCGUGAGUAAGGAUUCAGAUAAAGAAACAGGUUUUCCAAGAUCUGAGAUUAACAAAUUUAUUAAGGAAGUCUGCAAAACUUUGGAACUUCACGAAAAUAAAAAAAAAGAAUAGGGUUUUCCAAUUCAUGACAAGAAUUUAGAUAUGAUGAAAAGAGAAUGGAAAAAUCCAGAGAAAUUUGUGUUUAUUUGUAAGCAAUGUAAAACACUUUUUUAAAUUGCAGAAUGCAGAUUCUUGAAAGACCUACUGAAAGUCAAUGUUCCCAAUAGCACAAUUGAGUAGAAAAACAACCAUUCCCACUGAAGACGUAGCUGCUCUGAAAACGUCUUUUACAGGAUAUUUAUGCCCUUUUACCCAUUGAAUCUUUAAAACAGGAGCUUUACAAAGCAGAUCUUUACUCACAGGAGCGACUGUUAAUGGGGCAAUGAACACAUGGCUUCAACCCUUGGAAGAAUCCUUAGCAGGAAAAUCAGAGGAUAAUUCAGUAUAAAAUAUCAGACUAGCAAAUGCAUUGUCAACUGAGAUGAGUGAAGUUUUUAUUAAAUUAUCAGCAAGAUCCAUGAGUCUAACUUCAGUGGCCAGGGGGGCAAUCUGGCUCAAAUCCUACGCUGUGAAUUGAGCCUUCAAAAGUGAACUCCUGUUUGAAAGAGACAAACUGUUCAAAUCAGCAUUAGAUGACUUGAUAAUGUAGAUCUCAGACACGGCUUUACCUCCGGAAGAAGAGACGGAGAUGGAACAAGAAACCAUUCUACCAAAGACAGGAAAACUAAAUUCUUUCUACACGGAAUAUAGAUUUCACCGUUUUCAUACACAGCCAGAUAACAGAUUUCAGAACAAAAACAGAUCAUGUCGAAAUGAGAAAAUUCUGAUGCCACAGGAAAAGUAGAAGGCAGAUUAAAAACAUUUACAAACAAAAUUACAAACAUCCCAUUGACUUUAGAAACCAUUUAACAUUUUAUUCCUGGUAGAAAAAAACAGAACCUUUUUGGUCCGUUGUGGAUUUAAAAAGUGUAAAAAUGUAUCCCGCACCAGAAGUUUUGUAUGGAAAACCUUAUGGCUACACUAAAUCUAAAAGACGCCUAUCUCCAUGUUCCAAUGAAUGUAAUUAUACGAAAAUUCCUGAGAUUUGCGGUAACGUCAGGUUACAGGAUGCUGUAUUUUCAAUUCAAGUUUCUACCAUUUGGCCUGUCAAAGAGUUUUAGGAAGAUUCUUUUUCGCUUAGUCACUUGUCUCAGAAAAUUUGCUUCUCUGCACAAACAGGACCAUCCCAAUUAUCUGGAUUCCUUUUCCAUAACAUGGGAUUUCAAACUAGAAUACAUUGUUACACCAAUUGCAAUAAUUCCAAUUAUCCUCAGAAAAUUGUGCCACAAGAAAACUUGGAUAUUGGCCAUAAUUCCUUAUUGGCCGAACAGGAGCUGGAUCUUGGAAAUGGACAGGAUUUGGUUACUUCCUGUAGAGCCUCAGGUAUUGGAGAACAAGGAGAGUCCAACAGAAACUCUCAAACCUAUGGCAUGGUUUCUACAAGGAUACUUUUGGUAAAACAAGGCCUCUCAGAAAGUUUGAUCAAAGUCGUCCUUAAUUCCACUAGGAAAUCCACAUUUAGGAUUUAUUUGCAUAUGUGGGAUACAUUUCUUCUAUGGUGCAGUGAAGAAGGUUGUGAUGUUUUGAAUCCUACCAUUCCAAAUAUUGUGACAUUUUUGAGAUCAGGUUUUUUAUUUUAAGGUUUGAGUGUCUCACUCUUUAAGGUACAUAUCUCUGCAAUAAGUAAUUUCCUAUUACAGGAUUUGGCCUGAAACAUUUUAAUAAAGUUAAUUUUUUUUUUUUUUUUAAAGCCAUCUGGCAUCUAUGCCCUCGUAAGAAAUGUGUAUUCUCUUUAUGGGAUCUACCCUUAGUACUCAAUUCUUUAUGUGAAAGUCCAUUUGAACUUCUUCAAGAAGUUCCACUAAAGUUUUUAUCAGCAAAAUUUGCCAUUUUAAUUGCAAUCACUUCGACAGGAAGACUGGGUGAAAUUUAGGCACUAUUAGCAAAAGAAAAAUACACAAUUUUCCAUCAUUUAAAGUUAUUCUACAUUUAAAUCCUUCUUUUCGCUCUAAAGUUUUUUGGUUUUUUUUAUUCUUUAUUUUUUCGUGCAUAGAUUAUGCAUGUUGCAUUAAAGCUAGACAUGCCACAACAGCUGUUGGCAAAUGUUAUGAACACUGGUAUAGUAGAUACCCUGUUCGCCUAUUCCUCCCGAACUGCUGAGCCUGAGUGAUUAUAGCUGCAGUUCAGGUGUAGAUACAAAUAGUUUCAGACGAAUGCAGCCUCCAAGUAGUUUCUCCACAGCAAGUAGACAGUUACCCAAACAUGAGCCUAGACUUCAUGAAGGGUACAACAGGAAUGAAUUUUAAUAGCACAAACUGGCUUUUAUGCAAGUCCCCAUGCAAGGGGCACUCCCACAUGGACCUUGUGGAGAACAGGGACACAAAGUUUACAACCAAUGACAAUAGAGUGACAAAGUGUGACACUCCCAAUAUCAACAGAUAAUUCCCUCCCCUCUGCCUGUGAGAUAAAUGCAUCAGCUAGAUUGAGUCAAUUAUCUCCAGGUAGUUAAAACACUUUUCCCCCAAAACACAUCAUAUUCCCAUAAAUGUCAUACCCCCUGAUAGCCCUGAUCUGGGUGACCAACAUAUCCAAAAAAUCAACCAGAUCAGUUCAAUGGUUUUCCCAUUUUACUGACCGCACACAAGGCUCCCUGCCCAGAAACCAUUCCAUGAGUUUAUGCUGUGCAGUCGGUCUAUUUUGAAAAGUCACAAAACGAAAGAAUAAACGAACGGCUCAUAGAAACGCUUGUUCCCCUUGUUCGUGGGAACCAAACUACCGAACAGCGCUCUCCUAGCUGUUCGGUAAAAGGAAGCAGGUGUUCGUAUAGUUUGACCGGUGUUCUGGAAGUAGAGUGUCCGAUUUUAGUUCCAGACACUCGACGACCAUGUCCAGCUGCCUCCUUUCGUGCAAACUAGAUGGCCGCCGUUUUCUCUCGCACGUGGUGUUCGGCUAUACAGGAGAGCGCUUAAUUGCUGGUUUUCCUUUGAAGAUAAUGAGCCAGGAAGGUAGUCUGUGUUCGGUAGUUACAGCUACCGAACCAAUAAAAUGUCAAAAGCCCCGAAUGACAUGCUUUUUUCUUAACACCAGAGUUUCAACAUCAGGGCCAGACUAAGAGCCCAGUGGGCCUGGUGCUAAAAAUUGAGGGGCCUAAGUACAGAAUGUUAUUGACCAAAAACACUAAAACAAUUAUAACUCUCAAGCAUUGUGUAUCCGGUGGAGAUGUUGCCAGAGGGAAACUCAUAGGAUGCAGCUAUAAGAAAACUCAGAUUCUCUUAAAAUAUGCUAAUCUCUCUCUAAUACAUGCUUUCAUCUUUCAAGUAAAUCCAUACCCCCUAACAGCAGUGUCCAUUGAAGCAGGAAGUCAAUGGGUGGUGUAAAAGGGUGGGCCACUGAUAUGGAUCAUGCAACCAGACCUCCCGAAAGGGACGAACAUGCCCAAAAAGGAGGCCAACAGCAUCCUCAGCUUGGCAUAAAUGCGUCUAAUGAUGCGCUCGCACAUUUAUGCCAAGCUCAGGAUGCUGUUGGCACAAGUAUCCUCUAGCACUCACAUGUCCACUUGUCUCCUUACCUUCUUACUAGCAGACAGAAGCUCCUGGUAUACAGUCUGAGACAGAGAAAAGGUGGAUGUAGUGAGUAUAGAAUAAACAUGCCACAUUGUCAGAGAGACCAAAGUCAGCAUUGCCUUAACUAAUUUCAAUUCAGCUAGUCCACUCAUGUUUUGUUUCCAUAAAUCCCUCUUAAGUUUCCAUACUUAAGAGUAUGUGAAGAGUAGUUAGGGUUGCCACCUUUCUUGGAAAAAAAUACCUUACUAAUUAUGUAUGUGUGACAUCACAUGAUGUAAAUCACAAGGAGUGACAUAAGUGAAAAUUCUGUAAAAUCACCCAAAAACUACUUAGUUUGAUUCUGCUGUAUGAUGGAUUGCUCACAGUGUCUCCCUAUCUCCCAGUGUCCCCGUGUCACUAGGGGACACUGAGACACAGGGGGACACUGAGACUAAGUAUCAGUGUCUCAGUGCCCCAUAUAUCUGUCGCCCAGUGUCCCCUAGUGUCUUCUUUCACACUCAUUAAAUAAGCAAGAAAAACUUAACUAUCCCCAUUUGAAGCACAUGUCUACACUGCCCAGCCAGAAAAGGUCAAAUACUUGAUAUUUACACAUCUUUGGUAACACACUUCACCCAGAUUUAAUUACCAUACAUAGCUGGAUGGGAAAAGAACUUGGGACCUCUGGGAGACCCAACUGGUUGAAAAUAUGGGAAGCGACCUUUUUCCUUACUAUUUGCGAAAAACACAAAGAACUGGCAUUCAAAAUAUUGUUUCACUGGUACCUUAUCCCACAGCGCCUGGCAAUUGUAAUGCAGUCAAUAUCAAAUCUGUGUUGGAAGCAGUACGAGGAGUUGUGAACCUUCCUACACUGCUGGUGGUCAUGCCUAAAACUUAAACCACUGUGAACUGCAGUUGUAGCUCUACACACUCAAAUUCAAAGUAAACCAUGUCCAAAGCUGUGGACACUUUCACUAAAGCAGAAAAUAAACUGAUGGCACAAGAAGCGCUAUCCACACUCAGGGCAAUAGUGAAGAAAACACGUGAAGCUAUUGAAACUGACAAACUUACAUCACAACUACGUGACACCCCUAAUUUUUUUCAUAAGGUCUGGGAUACCUGGCUUAGUGGAGCUGUUCUGACUACUUUAAAAAAAAAAACUUUAUUCUUUAAGCAUUAUACAAAUGCUCCUCCAGGGGACCAUAGAUGGGAGCUUUCCCCCCCGCAUCCCUACUUCUCUCUCACCAUCCUUCUCAUUUUACUUCUCCUCAUCAUUGUUCACACUUCAGCUCGGGCACCCCGUUCUCUUUUUUCCUGAUUCCCUCACUCCUGUCAGUUCUGAAUUCUUGAUCCCUCUCUCUUCCCAUGCCUACCCUUUUUUUUUUUUCUUCUCUCUCUUCCCCUCUUGAUUAUAUAGGAAAUUACCAUUAAAAUGUCUUUAAAGGACACCAAUGACGUUCUAACCAUUGUUUCCGAUUUAAUGUUUUUAAUUCUGUGAAUAUUUUGUAGAUGUCUUUCUAAGUAAAAGUGGUAUAAAGUGUUGUUUAAAGGGGUAAAUCGAAGAGAAAAACACACUAGAAACACCUUUUAAAGGUGGAGCGCUAAAUGUACUUACCCCUAAGUAGGGGUUAAUAUACUCCCAAUGCAAUGGUAUACAUAAGAGCGAAAACAAAACAAAAAUAUCCAAAUGAUGAAGUAUGUCAUAUAAGGUGUGCAGAGUGAGUAGAUGGUUGUAAUUUAAACUCACAAAUAAAGAGCCAACUAUAGGACUGGCUCAGAUCACAUUCGCUGUGGUGUAUGUAAGGGAACACCUUCCUUCUUAAUAAUGCUUUCUUGAUGACUCAAAGACCUAAAGCACAUAGGGAAGGAUGUCUUCCUAGUGAAGCAUGUAUUGGCAGAAAGGUCAAGCAUAUAAAUAUCAAUAGGUAUAUUGAUCACCUGAUCCAGAGCCUAUUAAACCUGGCUCUAGGAAGGACCGUUUGUUACCCACUAAGGGGGGUAAACCUUCUUUAGGAAUGGAUGGAGGCAGCAGCAAGAUUUAUUCAAAAGACCAAAAUGAUUUUUUUUGACUUAUUUAUUCAAAAAAUAAUAAAUGGAUAAAAUAACAUUAAAUAUAAAAACAAUCGUGAAGAGUCCUUGCACUUGCCGACCUCUUUGAGACGCGUUUCGCCCGUUUCGUGUGCUUUUUCCAUCAAAGUAAUCCAUCCAUGCGGCCUAUUGGUCUUUAUAUCUGUAGGUGUUGUUUCAUUCGUCCAUUUGAAAUCAUAUCAUCCUAUCCGUUUCGUCGUGUUAAUCGCCAGCUGAUAGUCGUCCGUUCACCGGAAGGGACGUUGCGGUCCUUCCAUCACUUCCAUGUUCCGUAUCGCCAUGUUGUUUACUGGCGAAUCUAUGUUGGGGUAGUAGAGUCCUAAGUCCACAUUUGAGGGCAUGGUAGCCCUCAAGUAUAGGUAGUCCUCGGAUAGUAGCAUAAACAAUAAGACAAGAAAGUUAAAACUUGUGUGUGUGUAUAUAUAUAUAUAUAUAUAUAUAAUAUAUAUAUAUAUACACACACACACACAUAUGGAAAAUCCAAAAACAAUAUCAAUAAUAAUAAUAGACAGGAGGGGAGUGAAAAAGUAGCGGAUCUGAGUGGGAAAAUGUAUCCAGAUAAAUGUAUAUACAUAAAAGUAUUAUUGAAUAUGCUUAAAAUAUGUAUUUAAAAAGGAUUCAUAUGGUAAAUAUAAACCAAAAAGAUAUAAAUAAACUAAUACACCACACCCCGACGCCAUUCAAAUCAACACCAAACUGCCCAAGCGACCCACAUGUGCGGACAAUGGUGGCGGCACGGAAGCGUCUGAAAACCGUGCAAGGAACAUCCCUCGCCCCCUCCCCCCACUGCAAAGCAAGACACAUGAGCAGGAGAAUGGACUCUGCAAACACUCCUCACCCGCACUGACCCACGAAGACUCAGCAAGCGGUAAACCCACGUGGGUAACAACAACCUCUCCACUGUGACUGACACCAACCUCCAGAGGAACGACAAAGGCAAGAGCAAUAUAUUAUGGCUACAGUCCAGGAGAACUCAGCAAAGUACUCACUGCGGAGUAAAGACGGACUAUGCCUGGAAAACUGCUAUGCCUGCUCCCCCAGACACAACUUGUCUGCCGCUCAGAAACAGCGGAGCAGUUAUCAGGCGGUGCUGGGACUCCUCCUGUCAGUGUGGCCUUGGGGCCGCCAAGACGACAUAUUUCCACUAAGACAGCCCGGGUAACCCCGACCAACAAGGGUGAAAUUUCUUAUAAAGUGACUUAAAUAGAAAUGACCUCAAAGCUUAAAUUUUGAACCACAUAUCUUAGACAGGUACACGAACACCUAGCGAAAAACUGGUGAUAUGAGACCCCUGCCUACUUCACAACUCCUUCGCUUACUCAACUUGUGUGUACUGCAUAGGUGUGUCACUAAUGAUAUUAUUUUCACAUGGCACCUGAAAACACCUAUACGUUUAUUCAUAGCCUAAAUAUCUACGCAUAAUCACACAACAUAAAACGGGCAGCACGUAGCAGGGAAGCGCAUAGAUGACACGAAGGCAGCACAACCACACCCAGACUAGCUAGACAUAUGACGAUUAACACAUAUUUAGCAGUCGCAGCAAUGUUAGGCAGAAUGUGCCUGAUCUACUUAUGCUUUAUUAGUACUUAAUCUCUCUUUAACCCCUUAAGGACCAAACUUCUGGAAUAAAAGGGAAUCAUGUCAUGUCACAUAUGUCAUGUGUCCUUAAGGGGUUAAAUAUAAAAAUGUGCAAAUGUCAUUAUGUACCCCACUGUUUCAUAUGUUAUUGGUAAAAGCAAGUGGACUGCCUUUUGGGUACCACAAACUUGUCUGUUAAGCCUAAAUGCACGAAAAAUAAAGAAUUUAAAAAAAUAAUAAUAAAAAAAAAAAUUAAUACAAUAAAAAGGGUACACAUAAUUCAGAUAUAAUAAAUACAAAAUAGAUCAAAUAUAAAAAAUAUAUUUCUAAAAGCAUGUAAGUCAGAUUUCAUAAAAAGUGGCAAAGUUCAAAAUCAUUGUUAAGACCAUGAAGGAGGAGAGAAUUCAAAGUAAAAAUCCAUCUCAUCUCCGCUUUCCCCAUAGCAGCGAUGAGAUCUUUCUAAGUACCUUUUAUUUGUUUCUUAAGAAAAGUUAAUUUUCUCUUCUGUGCAUUGACAAAAUUAUAAUGAAUAUGAAAAUACAAAAAUAAAGAUAUUAAAUAAAUAUUAUUCUUUCAUUCCAGAACUGUGAAUUUUGACAUUAUAAGGUACCUGUACGAUUUUCUUUAAAAAUCAGUUUUGUGAUGAAGACUGCAAAGAGCUAUGAUGGAUGAAAAUGGGAACCCACCAAUAAAAACCAUAAAACAGUCCAACGGAAUUCAGUGUUUAUUUUUUUGUCUUGUAGAUGGUAUGACUUUCCAUGUGUUUUUGUUUGGUU